UGUAAAAAUGGCGGAGCUGGAAAGUAGCCUGACGGCAAUGGACUGGCUUCACCGCCUCCGUGUCGGUGGGGCGAUUACCGGGGGACAUAUAGGAGUUGGGGACAAUAUCAGUAAAACUGCCGGUGGGCAGUUAGCGAUGAGAAAGGGGCCGAACUCCCCACUCGACACAAAUGCCAUGUACGAAAAUGGACACAGUCCUCCUGGACAUCCGAACACUCAAAAAGACGGUAAACCACCGUACAGUUAUGCUAAUCUCAUUACGUUUGCGAUUAACAGUACGGGCAAAAAGAAAAUGACACUCAGUGAAAUUUAUCAGUGGAUUUGUGAAAAUUUUCCGUAUUAUAAGGAAGCUGGUAAUGGCUGGAAGAAUUCAAUACGUCAUAAUUUAUCAUUAAAUAAAUGUUUUCUCAAAGUUCCCAGAUCUAAAGAUGACCCUGGAAAGGGAUCAUAUUGGGCAAUAGAUAGUAAUCCUCCAGAUGAUCCACUUCCAGCACGACAUAAAAAACGCCGACCUGGGGAACGGGAUUCUCCAUACAGUCCUGAUCACGGAGGUACGCCAAUAUCUAAUCCAACCUUGACCUCUAUUAAUCUACAAGUUACAACUGCUCCUGCAUCUCAUCAGACUGUUAUUACCGGUGGUUUUGAUGGAAAUCCUGUCAACAGUGAAGAUUUAAACAAUUCAUUCAUCACACUUUAUAAAUCAGUGUUUGAAAAUUCUACAGGGAAUUUAAACGCUUUAUUAAAUGGAACUCAACCUCUCAAUUUAACUGGUCCUAAUUUAAGCAACUCAACUGCUGAAUGGUUACAGAAUUUAGAUACGUUAAAAGAAUCGAUGAGAACGUCUGAUUGGCAGAGUAUAGAUAUGACACAAUUUCAAGGUUUGAUGGAAACGUUGAAGAAUAAAGAUCUGACAGCAAAUGAUCCGGAUGUCAUUGACCUUGCUUCUUCCCUCAAUAAUUUCUUCAACCAAUCGGGUAUGGCGUUAUCUCACGCUGCCCUCACUGCUACUGACUCUCUACUCUGUGGAGCUGGUAAUAAUUUUUGUAACAGUUCUGGAUCGUUACAAGGUCCGUUGGGUGUUGAUCCAUCGUCUGUCGACACUGUUAGUCCAAACUCUCAGAGUGCAUCUGAAAGUUUUUCAUCCGUCAAUACUGCUGUUUCUGCUGCCACGGCAACCACACAGUUUCAUCCUGGUGAGGAAAUCGAGGAAGACGACUUUAAUUGGGAUAAGUUGUUAUAGUUUCAGGGUUUCCAUAGUUACAUGUAUCACAUGAUCAGUCUCAUCCAAUCAUAUUAAUCAAAGUAGUCACCAGAUAGUUAUAAAAACUGUGUACACACCCCGUUGAAUUUACUGAAUGAAGCGCAAUGCAUACAGAUUUUCGUGCCUACGAUUAUUUCUUGGUGUGUCCAGUAUAUAUUUUAAGGGCUGUUUUUAUUUUUUUUUCAAGAAUUCCCUGAAAUGUUUGUAAAUAGUUUAAUGGACUGCACUUAAACCAAUAUGGUUUGUGUUAAUUAGAUGACACUAUGUAUUUUACUGAUGCUGUGCAUUAUGUAAGAAGACAUUCAUGUCUGUUUAUGGAUAUUGUUGUUAUAUUAUUUUAUUUAUUAAACAGUUAUUUAAUUACUGUCUGUCGUUAUGGCAACAGAACAUAUUGAGGCACACACUGCUUCACACAGGUGGAGCUGCAUACUUUGUGUCACUUGGUAUAUAUAUUAUUGUAAGGCGCUGAUGGUCAUUGGUUAAAAUUAACAUUCCAUAUUUAAUCCAUCCAAUCAAAUACCUCUCGUAAAUGUGGCCUUUUUAAUCGAUGGAGAAAGUUUUGUUGUUGAGAAAGUUUUAGGACUGAUAUCGGCCCCUAGAUCUUUUUUUUUUAGGACCACAGAAAUGAAAUACAAUUGGGUUUAAUGUCCUACUGUUCUGCUACAAACUGGGCUAAUAAAGAUGGGCAUAUGCCAUACAUGUACAUUGUGCUAGGAGGGAAAUUUUGCCCGGACAGCGGCACUACGGCCUACUCUUAUAUCGAAUUCCAACUGUCAAGGGAUCUUUUACAUGCACGCCAAUGUGUACACGGAACCUCGGUUUUUCGUCCCAUCCUUCCUGCAUCACUGACAAGGGGGGGGGGGGGACCACAAUGGAUUUAUACUGCCGUUUGUGACUGAAAGUGUCUAGGUUUCUGAUUUUAUUAUAUGUUAAUAUAAGGAAGAAACGAAAUAUAAACAAAACCAAUUGAAGUAAAUAGAAUUCAUACCUCUUUUACAGGGAUCUAUGGGCAGAUCAGUCCAAUUAUAACUUAUACUCAGACAGCUAUUUCUUUUAAAUUAUUUAUAUUAUUGUUUUGUUUUUGUUUUUAUUUUUAUUUGAUUGACUAAAUUAUUUCUAACUUAAAACCAAACCGUCUUGAACUGUUUUUAUUCAGUCUGUUUUAUACAGUGAUCAGUAUAUAUGUAUAGAGAGAUUUUUUUAUUUAUAACUGAAAGUUGCAGAUUAAAUGGUAAGUCUAUUUAACUUUAAGAGUACCAAUAGAGAAACUGACAAGUGUCAUGUGUAUAACAGAUUAUGCUUACACAAGAUAUCACUUGGCUUGUUAUCAAUUUAACACGUUUUUUAACUUACAAAUUCUACUGUAUUAUUAAAACCCCUGUUGUUCAUUUGCAUUUUUCAGUAAAUAUCAAAUUGUCCAUAGCUUACUCCACUCUAACUUGUACUGAAAUUGAGUAUCAGGUCCCCCGAGUUCACAAAGCAUUCUCAGACUUAAGUUAAGAAUUUACUCAACUUUUAAUCACUGUUUAUGCUCCAAAAACACAAAACUUUGCACAUAGUUUCUUAUUGAUGUAUUUGAUACAUUAAAAUAAAAAAUGUUUUUUAUAAAGGGCUAUAUUUUAGUUAAAAUAAGGCAAACAAUUUUGAGUAAAUUCUUAAUUUAAAUCUGAGAAUGCUUUGAGAACAUUUAAUUAAGAAAACAAAAUAUCAGCAAUAGAUAAUCUCUAAACUUGGAUUCAGUUGCAUUAAAAAAAGAGGUCCAUCAAAAGUUGGCAACGUUUUGUAUUUUGUUAAACUGAAUGGAUUGAACCAUCUUUGGACUGAUAUCGUCGGUGAAGUGUCAAAAGGGUGUAUCUAAGAAUUUCUAAAGAUUAAGAAAUAGAACCUUUUGCAUUUCAAAAUUUCCACAAAUCAAGAUACAACAUUUGUACACAUGAUACCCAGAACAGUUCUAAUUGGCGUAGAGAUACACAGCUUAGGCAGAAAUGUACAUAUUAAUUGGGAGAUUUUAAAAAUGCAAAAAAAAAAGUGUAUUUGACUAAUUUCCCAAGAUACAUCCUUUUGACACUUCACCGACGAUAUGCCUUUUAAAGAUUCAUCUUUCCCAAUUUUAUAGUUUACAAGAGGUUCCACAAAUGACAAUAAAAGAUUAUGUUGUUUUGAGUCUGAUAUGUAAAUAUUAUGUGCCAUCAUCCAAUGAACUGUUGUAUUAAGAAUUAUUGUGUAAAUAGAGAGAGGAACUUAGAUGUUCAGAUUGUUUUAUUUUUAGUUAUAUUUUGAUAUUUAUUAGUAAAUAUUUGACUCCUGCACGAUUUGAUUCUGCACACGCCACUAAGUUAAUGCCUGAUAUAUUGUUAGUAUAGAUUUUAUAGAUUAUAGCUGUGACUUAAACCCGAAAUUUUUUAAAUUAAAAGAAUGAUUAUGUAUAGAAUUUGUGAAAUGAUAAUAUUCUUUGUUAAAGAUACAUUAUGUAAAAUUUAGAUAUAGUGGUGGCCGUUCUUGCUAUAAGUGUUCGAAAAUAGAUAAUGCAAAAUGAAUAUAUUGAAAAUAUAUCACUGUUUGUAGUUUUGAUAAUAUGUACAUUGUAUACAUUGAUUGUUUAUUAUCGUAAUCACAGUUCUGGUAUAUUCAAGACUUAGGCUCGCUAAUCCAUUAUUAAUUUAAAUCAUAGAAUGGCCAAACUGCAAGCAUCCGAUGGCAUUGAGAGUUGAUUAUGGUAUUAUGCUAAUAAAUGUCUAAUUAAUAAUUUAUAUAUCAUUUAAGGUAACCACCGUACUGGUUGUUCAAAGCUUAGCCUAGCUUCACCAUUUUUAGAUUAAAUCAAAAUGGCUAAACCAUUCUAAUCUACUUAAAAAUAGGAGGUGCCCGAUGGUAUUGAGACUUGAUUAUGGUCUUGUCACGUUAAUAAAUGUUAAUAAUAGUUUAUAUAACAUUUAAGAGCUAAAGAAAGACCUGCAACAGGAAAAAAUGAAAUGGGGGUUUAACGUCCUACUGUUCUCCUCCGACUGGGCUAAUGAAGACGAGCAUAUGCCAUACAAUGUACUAUAAGGGAAAUUUUGCCCGGGCAUUGGCACUAUGGCCUGCUCUUAUAUCGAAUUCAAACUGCCAAUGUAUACACAGGAGCUCGUUUUUUUCGUCCCAUCAGAAUGACUAGACAGCUGUCCUUGUCAAGGGGAAACCACGUCGGAAAAUCCUGAUGAACUGCAAUAGGCAGAUUUAACAAUUGAAUAAUGUAUCUUUAAGGAAGAAAACCAAAUUGUCAGUUCGAUAAUCAAUAUUAUAAAUCAGGCUAAAAUGAAAGUAGUCCUGCUCAUUAAGUGCAAACAACUGUCUUUAUUUCAUUUUGACUAAAAAAACUUUUUAUUUUUGGUCAGAUUGAAAAUUUAACAAAUCAUGUGUUUUUUAAGCUUUUAAAUGUAUUUAUGAAAGGUCAUGAUAUGAAUAAAUCUAUUUGCAAGAUAUACAUUUGUUUAUGACUGAAAAACGUUUAUUUUUGAUCAGAUUGAAAAUUUAACAAAUCAUGUGUUUUUUAAGCUUUUAGAUGUAUUUAUGAAAUGUCAUGAUAUGAAUAGAUCUAUUUUCAAGAUAUACAUUUGUUUAUGAGUAAUAUAUAAGUGUUGAUCAGUGUUAUUUGUGGCUCAAUGACAAUAAUUGAACAAUCCUGUUUCCUACUUCUCAGUCCUAAUAAAACCUUUAUUUAUUAUAAGAUAUAAAUUAUGUAUGAAAAUUGUAUAUUAUUUUUAUCUUGACAUGUUUUAAAACCAUUUUUAACCUUGAACUGUAUUUUAUUUAAUGUGCUUAUUGUGGAUUAUUCAAGGACUUUUUAUACGUUAAAUUAUUUGUAACAUGAUUAAUUGUUUCAAUUUGAAUUAUUAUGCCGUCCAAGAAUCUAGUGGAAAACCAAAGUAUUGAUAUUCGAUAAUUCAGAUUGGGGUAUUUUUUUAAAACAGUUUUUCCGUCCUAUUGAAAUACUGACAUUACUUUUUUGUGUUAUUUUUAACAAUGUAGGUAAUAAUAACAGUGGUUUGACUUAUAUUUUUUUUAACAGAUAUGUUUAAAAUUUACACUGGUAGCUGACCCCUCUUAUGGUCUGCCAUGACUUGAGUACAAUUUAGCCAAGUCUGGACAUUCUAGUUGUGCCUGACAAACUGUCGGACACUUACAAACUAGAAGGUAACAUUUUAAACUUUGUACUAAACAUGGAUUAAAAAAAAUGAGUAAAAAUUUGCCAAUCUUUGUGACUGAGUUCCCUUUCCAGGCCUUGGCACGGUUUGUCUGUUGUGUGAUAGGUGUUACUGGUUUCAACACACUGUGUCGUAGUCUGUUCACGGCACUGUGUCCCAGUCUGUCCACAGUGUUGCAGUUUGUCCAUGGCACUGUGUCCCAGUCUGUCCACAGUGUCUCAGUUUCUCCACGGCACAGUGUCCCAGUUUGCCCAACACUUAGAGAUAUUCAGUAUAUUUAUAAUGUAAUAUUUAUAUCUUGAAGAGUUCCGUCCUGUUUUUAACAGAAAUGAAUUGUAAAUAAUUUUGUCAUCACUGCUUCAAUUAUUCAUCAUUUUAUUAUCAUGGCUUUUCAUUGCUGAGAAUAUCAUUAUUAUAUAGAGGACUUGAAAUGUACAACAUAAUGAAAUCUAUGUCAACAUGUUAAAAUCAACUGAAUGGAUGCCACAACUGUGUUGUGAUAAAAUCUAGACUUGAGUUCACAAACCAUUCUCAGGCUUACUUUAGGAAUUUACCCAACUUUCAAUCAUUGUUUAUAAGAAAUAUCUUUGAUCCAGAAACACAAAACUUUGCACAUAGUUUCUUAUUGAUGUAUUUGAUACAUUAAAACAACAAAAACAAAAGAGUUUUAUAAAGGGAUAUAUUUAAGUUAAAAUAAGGCGAACAAUUUUAAAUAAAUUCUUAAAUCUGGGAAUACUUUGUGAACUCGGAGCCAGAAACCCAGUAACAAGAGGCAAUACAGCGCUAUUCGGAAUACAAGAGCCAAAAUAUUUUGGUUUGUUACUCAGCUGUAUCGAUAUGUUGUUGUAAUGUUAUUUGGUAAAACGAAACGUUUUGGUUUUGAUCAUUACCUGAGCCCGAAUCAAUGACAUGUAUCCGAGAAAGAGAUUUUUCGUUGCUUGUUACAAAUGAAAUGAAAUGGAAUUUAACGUCCUACUGUUCUGCUCCUAAACUGGGCUAAUGAAGACGGGCAUACGCCAUACAGUGUGCUAUGAGGGAAAUUUUGCCCGGGCAGCCUUGUUACAAUUUGAAACUGGAUGAUUGUUGGGAUUUAUUGUUCUUUAAGGCAGUUAGCUAUGAUGUUUAGUUGAUUUAUUUCAUUCACUGAAAAACAUUUUUAAAAUGAUAUAUAGGAAUCUGCCUUGUGAUUGGCUAUACAAUUAUUUUCUGGUAGAUAUAACAAACAGUUCAGUGUAUAGAAUGGCAGAUUUCUUGAAAGUCGUAGGGGUAUUGGAAUCAGAACUUGUAGCAUCUCAAAUGAUUUAAGUUUUUUUUUUUCUAACUCUGGUAAUUUGAGAAGUUUAAUAUAGCUUGUAUGGUAUGAGUAUCAGGGUGUUGGGUGGUAACACUCGAAUACCUUGCAGCUUGUAUGGUAUGAGCACCAGGGUGUUGGGUGGUAACACUCCAUGGGUCAGGAUUUUUUAGUGUUUUGGUAAUCCUUGUAAACAUGCUCAAUAAGAAAUAAAACUGUUGAUUAUUUUAAUUAUUAUAGUUCUGGCAUCUUUUAUGCCUAUUUAUGGGUCAACACAUGUAAAUAGUUUUCAUUCACUUUGUCCAAAAAAUACAUUUAUAAAUAAAUAAGAAUUUCGGAGAUGAAUUUAGUAGGAUAAGGUGCAAUAAUUAAUCCUAGGAGGUAUCCAUUGGUAACUUGAACCAUUUAAGAAUACCGCCUUUUGAUUGGUUAAUACCUAGGAUUUUAACAAUUAGCCAAUCAAAAUGCAGUUUCUAUGAAUAAUUAUAAUUAUUUAAUUCCUUGCAAUUUUUACAUCAUGGCUUUGUGAAGUUGUAAAUGUCUGAAGUAAAAUAGUUGAAGUUGUAGUCUCUAUCCUUUAGACAAAUAUUCUAUGACUAGAAGGUUCUGGGUGUCCGAGACUAAUCUCUAACCCUUUAUUUAGAAUUCACAUAAAGUUGUAAUUGAAUUACAGACAAAUAAAUAUAACUGUACGAUUUGUGAGUCAAAUUAUUUUAUCUGUUUUGUUUAUUCAACAGUCCAGAUAUAGCUAAAUAAACUCUGAAAAACCA